GUGGGCGGGGUUAACAUGACGACUGUGGCGCUCUCGCCUUGCCCGAAAUCACAUGAACCUCGAUUGGCGGGAUGUAAAGAGCAUCACGGGUUGCACGUGCAAUACAUGUAGAGUCUGUAUUAUCUGCGUCUCACGCACUCUCAUGCAGAUAUUGCUCACACCGGGUUUAUGGUUCACGAGCCUGGACGUAUUUCUCAGAUCAUCGACAUCGGCACCGCCACGGGCACUGGUUUACACAUACGAAGGUAUAGCCUUAGGCUGUCUUUGGCCUUGUUCUAACAAUGGCAGGUUGGGGAUAUGAAGGGGUGUUACCUUCUAUUCGGCCUUGACUAUAUACCUGAGGUACUUGCGGCUUGAGU